GCAGCACCCCAAGCGCCUCCACCUCCCUUGCCUGCUGCAAGAAGAGCGCAUCCGAGGGCGCCCUUUAACGCACCACCAAUAUGUUUAAAUUGCUUUUGUUGUUGUCCAACGUUUGGUUCCUGUCAGUGGCCGCCAUAGACCUGACCAGGCUCGGCUUCUACGGCCGCAUCACCUCCAAGCGCAGCACUGAAAACUGUCACCCGUAUGAGCCAUUCAGGUGUCCAAACGAAGAGUCCAAGUGCAUUUCGAUCCAGUAUUUGUGCGAUGGCGCCCCUGACUGUCAAGAUGGCUAUGAUGAAGACUCGCGCCUCUGCACUGCAGCAAAACGACCACCUGUGGAGGAAACGGCGAGUUUCUUGCAGUCACUGAUUCAGAGUCACGGACCAAAUUACCUGGAAAAACUGUUCGGCUCCAAGGCGAGAGACGCCCUGGCACCUUUGGGAGGAAUCGACAAAGUGGCAAUCACACUUUCGGAGUCGCAGACGAUAGAGGAUUUCGGAGCAGCUUUACAUUUAAUGAGAUCUGACUUGGAACAUCUGCGCUCCGUGUUCAUCGCGGUCGAGAAUGGCGAUCUCGGAAUGUUGAAAUCUCUUGGCAUCAAAGAUUCAGAGCUCGGCGAUGUGAAAUUCUUCCUGGAGAAGCUCGUCAAUACUGGCUUUCUAGACUAAAACAGGCAGAAAAGGAAAAGCGUCAGUUUAGAGAAAUGUACCUCGUAGAGAAGAAAAUUCAUCAAAAAUUAAUUCGUGGUAGUCAAUGGGUUCGGUUGGAGAAGAAAUUUGUUUAUUUCAUCUAGAAAAGUCAGUGAAUGAUUUUGGUUUUAUUGGUUUGUGCGUUGCCGAGAUACCAGAACUAAGAGAACCCUUAUAUCUAUAUCCAUCCAUCAUUUAAAAAUAUCUCUCGAAAAGAAUUGACGAAUCAAAAGAGGAGUGUUUUUCUGUCCUGUCUGUGUAACCUUGGAACCUCUGUCAAUUUUACAAAAUUUGUUAAACUAAAAGCCAAGCAACACGGUUUUCUUCUAUUAGAGAAAUUAUUAUAAUUAACUCGUGACUUAUUGACAGCUAGAAAUAUGUAAUUUGGUAAUUACGGUAGAAUUGAAUCACGUUUAUAUUAAUUUUGUUGUCAGCGAAAGUGGUGCAAAAAUUAGGUAGCCAUUAUUUUUGUAUGUAUAAAAGAGCAAUACACCUAUUUAUCAGCGCGCAUAAGAUUAAGGAUAGAGUUGGAGCAAUGGUAACUUACAGUACAUCAAUGAUAUCGAUUUGAAUCACAUUAAAACAUACACACACACGCAAAUCCAUUCUAUCUCAAUGUUUAACGUUUAACUCGGGGAAAAUUACUUGGAGACUUUUAAAUCGCUUGAUCUCUACUUAGAAUGAAAAACGCAAAAGAGCCACUCGUACUCGCUUAAUAUGAUUUCAAUCAAUCGCGUCCGUCGCUAACUCCAAGAAAUUUUCCUAAUCAAGACUGACAUGGUACGCAAAAUAUGAAAUAUUUUGAAAAUAUUAUAUAUCACACACACACCUUAAUUAGAAUGAAAAUAUUCUGCAUUGCUGUUACCAAUAUACUUAUAUCAAAACAAAUAUUAGUGUACGAAUUUGGGACCGCGGGAGCUUGGAUGAGUUCGAUGGCAUCAAAAAUACCACUACGCGUUUAGAAAAACGUUCUUUUUCUUCUACGUAAUAUAGCAUACACAUUAAAAAGUAUUAUUAAUAAUUUAUAAGCCAUACUUAGAUUGCGUAGUCAUAAAUAAUAGUAAAAAAUUAUGAAGCGCAAAAUGAGUGAUUGUUUUUCACAAAAUCAGAAAGGAUGGUUUGAUAUGGUUUAAAUGUGUUCUGUGAUAGUAGCUACAAGGUUAAAAAAUGCACAGAAGUAUGUUGAAAGUAGAGCAGCGGAAUUUAAAAAAAAAAUCUUAAAAUUUCAGCAAGCUAUUAAUUGUUUCAAUUGAAUUUGGCGUUGACCGCCACCGAUUGGCCUAAAAAAAUUAUUUCUUUUGGCAUGUGUGGAGAAAAAUUGAAAUUAUUUUACUUUUCCUCGUCUUUAACACUACAUCAAGUGAAAAACCAUACUGUCUGUCAAUUUUUCAGGUAUUGGGCUUUGAAAAGCAAAUGGUUAAAAUUAAAUUUUUUAUUUCGCACACAAUCAGUUGCGUGAAUUAUGCAAAAAAUCUCUGAAACCUCAACGGCGAUUGAAUUUUCUUAACAUUGUCUGACUCUCAACUUGACGCGCGCCGCUUCAAUCAAACGACGUUGAGGCAAAGAGAUUUUCAAAGUGUACAUCUAAUAUUAAUUGAAGUUGGGCAUAAAGCUGAAAAGGAAUUGAAUGUAUCAUGUGUGAUUAGUUUUAUUUUUAAUUUUCAAAUAUAUGUGUUAAAAUAAUAACGACUUU